AUGUCGUCUUUCCUUCUCAAUCCAUAUACUCUUGUCAUAAGGCGUCCAUCUAUCUUUAGGGCGCUUCUCAAUGAGAUUUCAUUUCAUCCAAAGAAGGACAAGCUCAUUCACUGUGGCGAUAUCUGCACUAAAGGCCCCUUCGAUGGCUCCCUCGCUGUCCUCUCGUACAUGUCGUCCAACAACGUAAGUGGAGUGCGCGGGAACCACGACCAAGUGAUCAUUGAGUGGAGGGCCUGGAUGGAGUGGAUUCGUGGAUUAUACAGAGGACAGGGUAGAGAUUGGUUGGAGAUGCUGCAUAAGAGGUGGGAUGAGGCCGUUAGAAGACACGAGGAAGGUGGUGGGAGGGAUGAUGACGACGAAGACGAAAUAGACGAAAGGAAGUGGAUGAAGAAGCAACGGAAGAUGGCGAAGAGAUGGGAGAAGAAGUUCUGGAAGAAGGUGCCGGAGAAUUGGGAGAUGUUCGGAGAGGACUACCAGAUUGCAAGAAAAAUGACGAAGGCCGACUAUGAUUAUCUUGUGUCCCUCCCGCUCGUCCUCCACAUACCAUCCGAACACACCUUCGUCGUUCACGCUGGUAUCCUCCCCUACGAUCCUACCCGCCCCAUAACUUCUGAACGUCAACCCCUGGCUCAUCCUCCGUUCAUUGGUUCUGUGCACUCCCCGCCACGUUCUAGCUUCGAAUUCUUCUCGGCACAGAAGAAGGAGAAGCAUACACUACCGCUGCUGAGGGAGGCGCAGGAGAUAUCCAUACUGCAAGACAUCAAGAAGAAUAGGGACCCUUGGGUGCUGCAGAACAUGAGAAGCGUGUUGAAAGGUGGAGAAAUAACAAAGGAUUCAAACGACGGCACGCCAUGGACCGAGCUUUGGAACUCAGUUAUGCCUCGCUGUUCAGGUUAUGAUGAUCUAGAGCUCUCGAAGAACCGGGACAAGAGCUUGCCUUGCCAACCCUCGACGGUGGUCUACGGUCAUGCGGCAUCGAGAGAUUUGGAUCUCAACCGAUGGACGAAAGGUUUAGAUACAGGCUGCGUAUAUGGCAGACGCAUGACGGUGCUCAUCCUCGAUGCACCUCAUAAACACCGUUCCAGUUCCACUGAGGGCCACGACGACGAGUACGAAGACAUAGAGCGUGAAGAUGUUCGCUUCGAUGACCCGGGAACGACAUUGAUGAAGACCGCAUUCGGAGAUAAUGGCAAUGCUCACAUUGUCAGCGUCUCUUGUCACAAGCACCGCGAGCAGAAACCGCAUAAUGGGAAAGACAAAUCGCCUUGA